AUGCAAAUUAAUAUUAUUAAUGGAGAAGAAAUAUUUCUUGAGUGGCAUGUUGAUGAAGACAAUAAUAUCAAACCAGUAUCUGUGGAUCAACCAGUGAUAACUAUCAAUGGUAAAUUUCCUGGACCUCUACUGAAUGCAACCACCAAUGAUAAUAUUCAUGUCAAUGUGUUCAAUGAUAUGGACAAAUAUCCUGUCCUUAUUACAUGGAAUGGGAUCCAACAAAGGCAUAACUCGUGGCAAGAUGGAGUUUCGGGUACCAAUUGCGCGAUCCGGCCCAAUACUAAUUGGACUUAUGAGUUUCAAUUAAAAGACCAAAUUGGAAGUUUCUUCUAUUUCCCAAGCCUACAUUACGAAAAGGCCGGUGGAGGAUUCGGCCCAAUUCGAAUUAAUAAUCGGGUCAGGAUCCAACCCCCAUUCCCGGAGCCCGAAGGGGAUUUCGAUCUUCUAAUUGGUGAUUGGUAUGAAAAUAGCUUCAAGGUUAUUGGAAACAAGUUGGCACAUGAAGGCUACAAUAAAACUCCAAACAUGAUGCUUAUGAAUGGGAAAGGUUCAUAUUUAGAUCCAAAAGCAAAAUCCAAUGAAUCCUUCACAAUAAAUCAAGGAAAAACGUAUAGAUUGAGGAUUUCAAAUGUGGGAAGUGAAUGGAGUUUCAAUUUUCGAAUCGAAAACCAUACCAUGUUAUUGGUGGAAACCGAAGGCUCGUACACCAAUCAAAUCACGUUAAAUUCUCUCGACGUCCACGUGGGCCAAUCAUAUUCUGUUCUUGUCACAGCUGAUCAAGAUGCUGCUGAUUAUUACAUAGUUGCAACUGCAAAAAUGGCUAAUUCAACUCAACUCAAAACUCUUCAAGUUAUUGGUGUAUUACACUAUGAAAACUCAACCAAAUCUGCUGAUGGGCCUAUUCCAAAUGGGCCUGACCCAUUUGAUGUGAACUUUUCUAUCAGUCAAGCUAGAUCCAUCAGGUGGAAUUUGACAACAGGUGCAGCAAGGCCUAAUCCACAAGGAACAUUUAAUGUAUCAAAUGUGACAUUGUCACAAACUUUUGUUCUCCAAAAUUCAUUGAACUAUAAGAAUGGUAUGAUAAACUAUGCCAUCAACAAUGUAUCUUAUGCAACACCAAAAACACCAUUGAAACUGGCUGAUUAUUACCUUAACGGAGCCGGAGUUUACGAGCUCGAUAAAUUUCCGGCUAACGUUAGCCUACCGGAGGUUGUUUAUGGAACAUUUGUUGUGUCUGGUGAACACAAAGGUUGGCUAGAAAUUGUCUUUAAGAAUGAGUUACAAGUCAUGGAUUCUUGGCAUUUGGAUGGAUUUAGCUUCUUCGUUGUUGGGUAUGGUUUUGGAAAUUGGAAACCUGAAUCGCGAUCUACAUAUAAUCUUUAUGAUCCAGUUGUUCGUUCUACUGUUCAGGUUUACCCAAAAGGAUGGACAGCUGUAUAUGUAUAUCUAGACAAUCCAGGGAUGUGGAAUUUAAGGUCACAAAAAUUGAAAAAUUGGUUCUUAGGACAAGAACUUUAUAUUAGAGUUUAUGACUCUGAUCCUAAUCCAGCCAAAGAACUCAUUCCCCCUAAAAAUCUACUCUAUUGUGGUUAG